UUCUUUCUACCCAUCGUUGACUUUCGAAAGUACCCUUGUGGGUUGAAAUAAACCCACUUUUGGGUAAACGGCAAAAAACCCAAAUUUGGCUUCUCGCACGGACAUUAUCGGCUAGGUAGCUGCAUCUCGCUUUGUUUUUGACAACAUUGCGAAGGGGAGAGCGAGGAAACAACCCACUGCUGGGUAAAAAGUUCAAGCGGUUUACUUAUUUUUGCGUUCUUUUAACGUAUUUUUAGGUAGUCUGUUUUUUCCGUGUAUACUACAUAAAAUCGCCAAAAUCACACCUAUCGCCCAAUUUUGUUUUGGUUUCCUUGUUUUGGCAGCCGCAGCAGAAAGCAAAAAAAAACUGUGCUCGCUCUUGUUCACAUUACAUACUCAAAUCGUGCAUUUCCCGCCUGCAACAAUCUGUAAAAGGAAUCGAACGAAAGAAAUGGAAGAGCACAUUUACAACAAUUUCAAUCCAACGCGUUGCAAUCUUUGCUUCACCCGGGCUGUUGAUCGUCGGCUGGCGCUCCCGGACCAGAAGGUGCGAUUCUGCAAAGGAUGUCGCCUCAUUGGCUAUUGCGGCGAGCAGCACCAGAAGGACGAUUGGAAAAGCCACAAGGAUUUUUGUCGCGCAGUUACCAAGAUCCUUACCCUGAAGAAGAUCGACCACAUCAUUGAAGUGCGGAACGAAAACGAAACGGUUAUCGGCGGAACACGGCGCGACCUGGAAUGUGCCAUUUCGUUGGCGGAAUGUCUGAUCAUCUCCAUGCUGCAGCGUAAGCUCCGGCAACACGAGUACACUCUGCUACGGUUCCCCAACGUGUGUCACGUGUGCUUCGAGUACGAUAUGAGCAAGCUGAAACCAUGUACGGAAUGCAGCCAAAUAUUCUACUGCAGCGAGGAACAUCGCCUGGAGGAUGCCGGAAAGCAUACACGGUGGUGCGAAAUGUAUCGGAUCAACAUGCUGCUGGAUGCAGAUUAUCCCAACCGACUAGAGGCAUUCGGUAGCCCUAAGAAUCUUGACGCAUUCAAGUUAACUCGAUUUCCAGCGAACACAUUCGAGCUGGUAAAUCUGGCGUACGGUGUCGAUAUUCCUCGAAGGCCCGAAACUGUAAAGGAUUUCAACGAUCUCAAAUUUGUGUCCAACUAUUCACAUAUCAGCAUUAUUUUAUAUGCUCUUAAUGUAACAUUCAUGACCGAGGAACUGCAGACAUCGCUUGUAAUUUACGUGGUUGGAGCUGAGGAUGAGAUUGUUUACUUCGACUAUAAUACGUGCUCGAUGAUAUUCACAUUUAUGCCACAGAUCCGGAAUGUGAUAAUUCACUUCAUUGGACCUGCGAUCAGUUCGAUCAAGGAUGAAAUCGAACUGAACUACGAGGGUGCACGAUCAAUUCGAAUGCACUAUCACAAGGGAUUUUUCCACGUCUUGGAACCGCUGGAACAGAUGGAACGGCCCCAGAUCAUCGUAAGCUACAACUGUGGAUUCCACGAGCACAUCGAUUCCAACAAGGACACUUGGACUCACACGCUGGCGCGGUUGGUCCGAUUCGUCAACAUUCCAAUUGUGUUCACUUCGUACACGCGCGAGGAAGCCUGCCAGGAUUGUGCAAUCAUCUACAGUAUUGGCAAGCGGUCGAUCAAGAAAAAGGAGCUUGUCUUUGUCAAGCGGGCCAUUGAUAAUCCGUACAAGGAUUACAAACCACUACGCAACACCGACCACAUGGAUGGUUGCGACGAACUGUACUAUUCCAAUGGGUAUCUUAGUAUGGUGAUCAGUCGUGUGCCCUGAGCUGUGAUUUUGUGUGUUCGUUUUCGGAUUUUGGAUCCUGCAUUCCAUCAGUUGCAUUUAAGUACAAAGUGGUAAGUGAUGUUUUUUGUUUUUCUAUUUAUGAUGAAAUAUGUUUCAGUUACUUACAGAGCAAAGCUCUUUAUAGUUUUGUGCAUUUUUAUGAAUUUAUGUAAUUGCUGACUUGAUAUUCUAUUUCUUAUGAUUGAUAGUACAUUUACGAAUUGCUGGACACACA